AUGUCGACCAUGUAUCCUGAGCUGAAUUAUCACAGUGUAUCCUGCACACCUGGGAAACCUUGCAGUCAUGCCAUUCCUGUCCAACCACAGGACGAGCAAAGACUGUUUUCUGUGAUUGAGGAUAAAUUCUAUGAUGUCCGGCAAGGAGAGGGUUCCCUUGAUCAGGUUGAUGACGUAUUCAACGCCAGAGAUGGGCUAAAUGCUCCUGGAUGGUUUGAUGCUCUGAUCAAAACAAAUACACCAGAAGAGAAAAAUUAUAGAGAAGGCUCUUCUGAUGACUUUGAGCAUAGAAACAGGUUUGCAACAACGGAUACGGUUGAGGUUGAAUCCUACAAUCGGUUUCAGCAUCAAGCUGAUUCAAGAAGAACGAAUGCUCCAACGGAUGUUAGACCCUUCAAUAGGUUUCAGCAUGGGAGUGGGUUUGUAAGCCUGAGUGAUUCAAGAAGAACAAACUCUCCAGUCGAAGUAGAAUCAUUCAACCGGUUUCAGCAUCAAGCUGAUUCAAGAGGAACAAAUGCGCCAACGACUGUUGAGUCCUCCAAUGGGUUUCAGCAUCGGAGUGGGUUUGUAAGCUUGAGUGAUUUAAGAGGAAUAAAAACUCCAACGACUGUUGAGUCUUCCAAUGGGUUUCAACAUCGGAGUGGGUUAAUAAACCUGGAUUGGGAGGAUGAAGGUGUUUACUCCAGUAACCGGUUUGACGGUCCAUAUCUGUACGACGAGAACAGGGUUGAUUUAGAGGACCGCUAUGGAUAUUCUAAGGAUGAAGAAGAGGAAAUGCCUGAAUUUUCAAGCAUACUCCAAGCCAAUACAGGCAAACAAACAGGAGUAAUCACUCAAAAUACAGAAGAAAUAAAUGAUUUCAAAUCCAACAGAUUUCCUGCCAAAGCCCCUGAAAGAACCCCUGAUAGAACUCCACAAAGAACCCCUGAUAGAGCCCCGGAGAGGGCCCCCGAAAAAGCCCCAGCAAUGGCCCCUGAGUCAAUGUCUCAAAGAGAAAAUGCAAAUCGGAGAAAUGGAUAUUUUGAAAGAAAUAAGAACAUGGAUCGAUAUGAUCCAUUUUCUUUCCACGACACAGCAACAAAACCACCACUGCACAAUAUUUUCAGAUCUACUGAGCGUAGUUACACUGUCCAACAAUUUCAACCGCUGAGUGUGAUUGAUUCUAGACAUUCAGUACAGGAACACUUACCAAAGUACAAACCGGUAAAAUCUACCAAAUCUCCAAUUAUUGUCAACUUCAACGAAAUCAGAGGUAAACAUGACUUUGAAAUUGGAACAGAUCUUAGGGUUAAAAACAGAGACAGGACAUUUGGAGAGGAGAGAAAUAAAGAAAGACACAGUUUCUUCAAUGCUGACACUCAGGAAAUGAAGUUCACAACUUGGCAGGAAGAGCCUAUCACUGAAUCGUAUUAUGGGAACAAAAAACAAGAGAUUAGCCAUGGGGCAGGAUACAAAGGAGCCAUCAAUCCAAUAUUCGUCUCACUGGAUCAGGCUGAGAACCGAGAGAUUCUUUCCCAGGUUCCAACCCAGCCUCCUAGACUCUACUUUCCGGUCAAACACGCAAACAAGGUAUUUGUUGGUUCAGAAUCUAAACCUUCUUCAACUAAUCAAUAUAAACAGUAUCAAACCACCACACCAUCAAGGGAGCAGCAUGAGUAUUGGGAUAGUCAAACAACUCUAUCAACCAAACCUACUCAGAGACCUUGGAAACAAUAUGGACAGAUUGUUGAGGAAUUACUAAAUGAUGAGCAAAGGAGAAACAAAGAUUUUUACUCUGGACGGAACAAAUUUGUGGGAGACCCACAAUAUAUUUCUACAAGACCUCUUGUUGUGGGGCCCAGUAUUCCGGGAAAUUCAAAUGUACCAGAUCCAAAUUUCGGAGGCUCCUCGGGACAGAAAAACACCGGAGGCGGGUUUGUUAGAUUCGGAGGCGAUCCCAACUCACACCCGGCUAAAAGGGUUAACAAGGAUGAUUUUUUGGAUGACAUUCAAAACAACAGGAUAUCUCUACAACCUCCUCCUGAUAUGCUCACAUCAUACUCAGACAGGUUUAGUUUUUUUCAUCGUUUUUCUUCCUACUUAAUCGAUUUUUUUUAAAUAUAAGUGAUUUUGUA